AUGGGUACUGUUUGUGUAAAGAAACAACGACCAUCCAAAUCCCUAAACAUAAAAACCUAAACUUCCUAAAACAAAGAAAACUACCCUCAAGAAUUGGAACAACCAUUCAAUCAAACAAAUGUGAUUAAGGUAAGAGAAAACUAAUCUAAACAACUAUUCUUAAGUGAAGUAUCAACAUUUCUUAAAUAGUUUACAACUCCUAGGACGGAUGUGAAUGAAAAAUCUAUUCAAAGUAGAAGUGAACUUACAAAAGUUGAGCCUCUGAAAUUUCAUGCCUUACUAAAAGAAUCUGAUAAAAACUGUUACUAACAUGAAGAUGCUCCAGAUGUAGAUAUAACUGUUUAGGUCCCAGAACCACUAAUCUCAAAUAAUAAAGUUCUAAAGAUUCUAAAAUCUCUAUCACCUUUCCCCUAUGAUUCUGACUAUGAUAAAAAUUUUACCGAUUGUAUAUCUUUACCUCCACAAGUAAAAUUCAUACCAAAAUUUUAGAAAUUUCUAAAUACUGGAAUUAUAUAUGUUGGAUAAUGGAAGAACAAAUAAAAAUAAGGUCGAGGACGUUAAUUUUGGCCAGAUGGUACGUAUUACGAAGGAUACUGGCUAAAUCAUGGAGCAAAUGGGUUGGGUAGACUGAUUCACCCAGAUGGAUCUUAUUAUGUAAGAUUUAGGUUUUGUAAAUUUGCAGGAGGGAAAUUGGAUGGAUGACUUACAAUGUGGAUUUGGGAAGUUUGUUGAUAAGGAGGGUAAUUAUUAUGAAGGAGAAUGGAAGGACGAUGAAAAGGAUGGUUAUGCUAUUGAAUAUUGGAUAUCAGGGGAUUAAUAUCAAGGCUAAUAUCUUUGUGGAAUGAAAAAUGGCAAAGGAGUAUAUUUAUGGGCCAAUGGUAAUAGUUAUGAAGGAACUUAUGUAAAAGAUUAGAUAUAAGGUGUUGGAACAUAUAAGUGGCCAGAUGGUCAGGAAUAUUAUGGUGAAUGGUCUUAGAAUUAAAUGCAUGGUAAAGGCACAUUUAAAUGGCCUAACGGAAAUAAAUAUGUUGGAGAGUAUAAGGAAGAUAAGAAAGAUGGAUAAGGCAUGUUUUACUUCUCAGAUGGUAGAACAUUCAAGGGAACUUGGGUAUAAGGAAAACAACAUGGAACUGGUGUGCUGACAGAAUUAGAUGGAAAAGAAGCUAUUGGAAUAUGGGAUAAAGGAAAAUUGGUUUCAAAAGAAUGA